CGUAAAUUACAUUUUAUUUUUAUUUUUUUUUCGAUUAAUGAGAUUCUUUGCACGCUGGAGUUACCGUAAAAUCAGUGCGUCAAUCGCGCUGGGUUAUGGUGAAAUUUUCAUCAAUAAUUUACCUCCGGAGUCUGGCGCUCGUCUCUUUGAUCAGUUUGAUGGUCGACUCCAAGAGUCAUCAUGCUCAUCAUGCCACUUCUCAUCUACAUCCGCAUUCUAACUCACGGCAUCAACGUCAUUAUGAUUUGCAUCACCGGAAGUCAAAUCGAAAUAAAAGAUCAGAGUCAACUGUCAAUCCUCUAAAUGACGUCAAUUUUAUAAAUAAUAAUAGUAAUAAUAAAUCAAUGGAUAUUAUCAAUACUGACAGUGAUAAAUCGAUGAUAAAUUCAGACAAAUCUCUAGUCGAUCUUGAAAAAUUAUUUGGGCCGAUACCUCAUCAGCUCUAUGACCACAUCCGCGUGAAGCGGAACAAUUUGAAAAAUAAUUUCGGCGAAUCGAAUUCGCGGGCAUCAUCAGAAUAUUUGAAAAAAUUGGCGGACUCAUUCGCUGGUCCAGCAGCUGAAAAUGACCAAGACAAUUUUGACGAACUGGAAACCAAUGACAGACAGUUGUCAUUUAAUUCUGAUGAUGUUAUGAGAAAAAAACGCCGUGCUUUAGAUAAUGACUUUGAGGAAACGAAUUUUUUUCCUGAUGAUUCGGGGCUGGUUAAUUUGAUUCGGACGAAAAGAUUUGGAGAUCCGGACAAGAAAAUUGGCGGAAGAUCAGCUAAAGGUAAAAGAAAUGUGAGAAAUAAAAAUAUUAAGCUGGAACAUGCUGAUGGGAAAGGGAGAGAUGGGUUCAGAUUGAAGCGCAAGAGUAAAAUUACCGGUAACAAGAGACUGAAGAAAGAAAAUUUGAAAGUUGAUAAAUUAAGCCGGGUAAAUAAAGUUAAAGAUAAGAGCAAAUUAAAGAGGUGUACGAAGAGUGGUAUCAGUAAAAAUGAUAAAAAUUUAAAUAAGAAACAUGAUAAAGUUAAAAAUAAAAUACGCAAGAGACGUAAUUCCGGAGAUUCAAAAGCUUUGGCGCCACUUGAAGAAAUACGAGAUCUUGCAGCAAAUCUUGUUUCAAAGGUCGACGAGCUCGAGGGAUCGAUAAAAAUAAACCGAAGAUCCGGGCGUAAUUCUCAUGGGUAUCCAGCAAUCAGCAAUUCGAAGCGCGUUCAUCAUCUUCUAGGAUCUAGACACUCAGGUACGAUUUUUAUAAAAAAAAAAAUGUAUUUAAUUUGUUGCCGUUGCUGCUGAUUAUUAAUUUAAAUUAAAAAACUUAAAUUACAUAUUUGGAAUUGAAGAUAGCUAGUGAUUUUAGUUAUUCACCUGACAAGUUUAUGAUACGACCGAUAAUGAGAAUGAAAGGACGAAAAAAUAGAGAGAGAAUGAUAAAAAUAAAGAGGAAGAGGAAAAGGAAGAGAAUGAAUGACGAUAAUGAUAUUGAUAAUAAAAUAGACACGUGUAAAAAACCCAGAAUGAAAAAUAAAAAAUGGGCGCGUUGGACUGACUGGAGUAG